AUGUCAUACAACGGGAUCGGAUUACCAACACCAAGAGGAACGGGCACAAACGGGUACAUCCAGCGAAAUCUGGCCAAUGUGUACAAGUCAAAAUCAGGAAAAAGCGAGGGAAAGCAGUUUGCAGAAAGAAGAAGAAUAUUGCAGCAAAAGAAGCAGGCAGAGUUGAGGAAGAAGAAAGCAGAGUUUGUGGAUACCGAGUUGCUGGAGCAUGAAGAAAAACGCAGACUCGAGGUGAAGGUGAUGGAGUAUCGCGAUUAUUUGGAAGACCAGCUGGAAGAAGAAGAAGAAGAAGGUAAUGAAGACGAAAAAAUGCGAGAGAUCGAUUCUAAGGUGGAGAAAUACAGGGAAAAGCUUAUUGCUCGAGCUGAAAAGAGAGGAAACGAUGAGCUGGAAAGGAGGAAAAAAGCCGAAGAACGAGCAGAGAAACUCAAACAUGCCAGCUAUGGCAUUAAAGUAGAUCCAUUUAGUAAGGGAAGCCCGAAGAGCGAUAGUGAAAAAUGA